GUUCCUGAAAAUAUAAGAAAGUGUUAGGACAUUAUUAUUCAUUAGAGAAAAACACAACACUCAUAGUAAAUUCUAAAAAUAUUUGGGUAUUUACAUUGAUACUUAUGUAUACUUUGUGUUAGAAUGUAAAGUGUGCCAGACAGUCUAAUAUCAAAAUCGACGGUAUUCGGGUUUUGCGGCUGAAGUUCGGUGAACUUUCAUUAAACCCGUCGGGAAACGUAAAUAGCUAAAAAUAUUGUGUUGUGACUAACGCCGGGUGCGAAUUGUGAAGAUUCACUCCAUACAUCCUGUCUGCGGCUCCAGUCUGAAUUCAGGAGGGAAAGCUAACAACGCUAUAAAAGUUGCCGCAAUAAACGAAAGUGAUAUCUAUAAAUUCUGAACAUCGUGUGUUUAAAUUCCUAUCUGUGUUAAGUAAUUACAUACAGUGAUCGCAACGAUAAGACUGAUAGUUAAAUUACUAAUCGGAUUGGUUUCCUGUAAACAAUGACUCGGGGUCCGACGGUGAUCCGGGUGCCCCCCGGCGGGGGCGGGGGCGGGGGGCGCGGCAUCAAGUGUUGCUGCUGCCUCUGCUGCCAGUGCAUCAACUUCGGUUAUCUCACCUCGCAACAUGGACUCAUCAAACUGGCUGAGGCGAUGCUGGGCGGUCUCUGCCAGAGCCUGCUGGUGCGUUACGGCAUGUCUGAGGCCAGCAGCAUGGGGUCGGCCUUCCACGGGUUCCUGACCACGGCCAGCGCCUGCCUGCUCACCACGGGGCUGCUGAUCGCCUGCUAUGUGCUGUCCGGGAACUCGCAGAACUUGAUACGGCAGUCGAUCUUUGAAUGUCUGUUCAACGCGACCGCCUGCUUCCUGUACCUGUCGGCGUCGUCGUACAUGGGCGUGGCGGUGAACUUCUACUUGUACCCGCGGUACGCGCUCGUCAACAUGUACGCCGCCUACCCCGCCAUGACCGCCGUCUAUUACAUUGGCGUCGUCUUGGGGAUCCUACACGGAGUCGAUGCUUACAUAUCGUAUAAAUAUUAUAAAGGUUAUCGAUGAUAUAUUUUUUGUAAUGUUCUGUUUAUAAAGAACUACUCUUAUAUAUUAGUAUACUAGUAAGUACUACUUAUCUAUUAUAUUUAUCUGGUUACCUCAAUUUACAACACAAUCUGUAAGUUCAACUGAUAAUCAGUUAAUUUUAAUUUGUGAAUGAAACUAACAAUCCUCUUAGCUUUAAUUUUAAAACAACUACAAUUAUAAUUAAUAAUAUUGAAGUGAUUAAGUAUAUGUAAAUAAUAAUUUAAGUUGCUUUUAUCUUUAUAAUAAAUUAAAUUGUA